UUGCGAGUAUUGCAUACAGAUCAAUCAUACCUGGUAUGAUUUGUCUGUAGAUGUUGAAGAAGUGCACAUCAAAGGGUAAUUCUUAUAUAAGUAUAAUAUAUGAUCAUAGAUCGACACCGUCAUCCUCAGGAACCGAGGCACCCACGUCGGAUGUGCCAACCGAUCCAUGCAAUCUCCGCUCAUCCCAGUCACUUCUUUGUCACAACCACCAACGUCAGAAAAGGGGACGUCCUGCCCUUCCAUCCAGAUCAACCACAUUACCUCUUCAUCACGUCUGAUAAAACAAAAGAAAAGAGAACUACAAAAUGGCCAUCGAACUCGACAACUCCUCCACCACCACCACCCCCGACCACUCCAACUCCCACUCCCACAAUGACGACAACAACACCACCCCCAACCAUAACAACAACAACGACCCCCCCUCCCUCCUCACAGCAGCCCAAACAAUCCUAACCACGCACUUCCUCCCACCCCAAUCCCAAUCCACCCUCCUUACAACAAUCCUCGCCCACCCCUACUGGACGACCUUCCUCCUCGCGCAGUUCCUCUGCUCCGCUAUCCCCAUCGCGCUCUUCCUCCUCGGCGCUGUCGUCGCGGCUUCCGUUGCCGUCGCGGCGUUUACGUGUCUUGCUGGGCUUGUGCUGAUCCCUGUGCUUGUUGGGACGACUGUGCUGGGUGUCGGGGUUUGGGGGUCUCGCUGGAUGAGUUCAGUCGUUCUGGUGUGGUUAAGAAGGAGGGGGUGGUGA